GCGCGAAGUCCCCUACUGCUCUUCCUACUCUUCCUUCUACUAUUAUGAGAAAGCCAGAGCCAAGAAUGGCGUCAGGCCAGCUGCUGCUGUUACUGGACGAUCAGUUCCCCGAGAUCACCCCAGUCCUGGAACGACUGUAUGACUUAGCUCGGGUCUCACAGAGACUGGGAUGGUUUCUCCGCGAUGCGACGGACGUGCUUCAGCUGCAUAUCACCGAGCUGGGGCCCGUGGAGCGCCAGGCAAUGGGCUACACCGAACGUCAUCAGGUGGAGUUUGACAGCUUGCUGGAUCUAGCGCUGAAGUGCGAUCGAAGCCAGUUGGGUCACACCGUCCUGGAUAGUGUGCUCCGUCACAUAUGCUGCCUCGGGCAAACAUUGCAGUACAUUGAGAGCCGCGAUUCGGGCAGGAUCACCAACGAAGGUGCCAAUCUGUAUAUGGCCGCGCUGGGCAAUAGCUCGUUGUGUGCCGCUGUCUUGGCCGCCGCGGGGACCAUGAGACAGCGUCAUGAGAUCGCUUUGGAGACGAUAUCUAUCGCCCUGCGUCUGGCUCUCGCACUGCGACAACGAGCGGCCCGGAUCGAUGCAGAGCCCGGUGACUGGGCCCAGACAGUCAUUGGGCGAGACACGGAUGAGCUGAGGCAGCUUAUACAGAAGAAUCAGAUCGAGGGCACCCCAGUUACUCGACAGAUCUUCAUUGCCGAGGAGUCCCCGGACUGGACGACGAUUUGCGGUCCCCCGUCUGACCUGGCGCGCUUCUGCGAGAGGUUCGCCGACUCGCUCGAGUUAUCGGACUCGGGUAUUUCCAUGCAUAGUGCGCAGCACGCGCCUCACCUACCGCAGGUUGACCUGGAUGCGAUUGUAGGAGACUCAAAGAUCUUAGAAGAAACAUUGCCAUCGCCCGGAGUGUAUAUUCUACCCUCCUCCUCGUGCUCGACCUCCGAGGACGCCGCUCCUACUCUGCGCACAUUGCUCCUACAUAGUUGCCAUGCUAUCUGUCAUGAGCCCUCCAGGCUGGGGGUUAUGGUGGCACCAAUCAUCCAGGGUCUUGCGGAUGAGCGACGCAUACAGACCGUCACGAUCGGUCCGAGUGGCCGAUCUGUGGCCAUCCAACGCAUUCUCCAGCUCCGUGGAAUCCAGACAACCGACAUCGAUGCUGAGCCCAGAGUGGAGCGUCCGAGUCAAGUCAGGCUUCGGGGAGAUUCGGAUUCCAUUGCGAUUGUCGGUAUGGCUGGGCGAUUCCCUGGAAGCGAUGAUGUCUCGCAGUUCUGGGAUUCCCUACUUGCAGGCAAACAGUUUCAUGAAAAGGCAAGCGACAAACUCUCUCCGAUGGACCAUUUCGCGACGCUAUUCAAUAUCUCUCCGCGGGAGGCGAUGCAGAUGGACCCGAACCAACGCGUCCUGCUCAUGAUCGCCUACGAAGCCUUGCAACGAGCCGGAUACAGUGCGGAGGAUGCGCUUUCCGCACGAAGCAGUCGCAUUGCCACGUUCAUCGGCCAGACCACGGACGACUGGCGCGAGGUAACCGCUGGUCACGGAAUCGAUAUCUACUACGUCCCCGGGCAUCUGAGAACCUUUGCGCCGGGCCGGCUGAAUUACCACUUCAAAUGGGAAGGGCCGUCGUUUGGCUUCGACUCGGCCUGUGCCUCGAGUUCCUCGGCGAUCUCCCUGGCAUGCGAGGCUCUCCUGGGCCGCAAAUGCGAUACCGCGCUCGCCGGCGGCGUGAAUAGCCUGGCCGCCCCGGCCAUGUUUGCCGGCCUGACCAAGGGCGGAUUCCUGUCACCCACCGGGCCUUGCAAGCCCUUUCAUGCCGGGGCCGAUGGCUAUUGCCGCGCCGAGGGGGCCGGGCUCCUGGUGCUGAAGCGGCUCGAAGACGCCAUCAGUACCAACGAUAAUAUCCUGGCCGUGAUUCGGGGCCAAGGCAGAAAUCACUCGGCUUACGCAUCGUCAAUCACGCACCCGGAUCCAGGCGCGCAGGAACGACUGUUUCGCCGCACCAUGCAGAUGGCGCACAUCCAUCCGGAAAGCAUUGGCUAUGUCGAACUGCAUGGAACCGGUACCCAAGCCGGCGAUGCUGCAGAAGUGUCCGCGGUGGGGAACAUCUUCAGUAAAAUCAAGGCCGCUCAUAAGCCCCUUGUGGUUGGAGCAGUCAAGGCCAACGUGGGCCAUGCUGAAGCAGCAGCGGGAGUCAUAUCGAUUAUCAAAUCCAUAAUGAUCCUGAGAACCGGGAUAAUACCGCCGCAGCCUGGCAUGCCCUUUAAAAUCAAUCCUUCCCUGUCUUUCCUCCAAGAACCCACCAUUCAAGCAGCGGAUGGGAAGUUCCACCUGCAGGAAUUGACGGAGCAGGGCCAGGCUCAAAGAGUCAUGGUGAACAACUUCGAUGCAGCAGGCGGAAAUGCUUGUUUCAUUCUGGAAGAGCCGCCAACAAAAGCAGACCCUGGCACCGAUCCCCGAAGUCACCAUAUCACAUCCAUCUCGGGGCGCACAGAAUUCUCUCUACUCAAAAACAGGGAAAACCUGCUGCGCCAUUUGGAAGCUUCGCCAGAUCUCCGAAUGGAGGAUCUGUCGUACACAACAACUGCUCGGGCCAUGCACGAAGCCUUCAGAUUCUCAUAUGUGACAGGGUCCACUCAGGACCUUGCUCAGCGCUUACGCCGCGAUAUCCAGGCCCACUGCAGCUACGAGGAUAACGACCGCCCGCGAUCGGGGCAGAUGAGGCCAACGGUGGCAUUUGUGUUCACGGGAAUGAGCUGCCAAUACCCCGGGAUGGGUGCGCAACUCUUCAAGACCAGUCCCAGAUUCCGGAAGAGCAUCCUUGCCCUUCAAGCGGUCGGUCGCCAGCUAGGUCUUCCUUCAUUCAUCGAGGCGAUAUCCGACACGACAUUCGACUGCGACUCAUGCGAGACGACCAGGAUUCAGCUGGCGAUUGUCGCUCUGGAGCUCGCUCUGGCUGACCUCUGGAAAUCCUGGGGCAUUGAGCCUUCGUUUGUCAUCGGUCAUAGUCUGGGGGAGUAUGCUGCCCUUUGCACUGCAGGCGUGCUCUCGGUCACGGAUACUUUGAGCCUAGUCGGAAUGAGAGGAGCCUUGAUGCAACAGAGGUUAUCUCCUGGGGCUUACGCAAUGCUUGCUGUUGCCAACACCCGGACUGAUACCGCCCAAACGCUGGAGCAAUUGCAGCUCGAAGGGUCCAAUGUAUGCUGCGUCAAUGCACCCCUUUCCACGGUGGUGAGUGGGCCCCAAGGUGAAAUCCAAGCUCUGAAGCAACACUUCUCGUCGCAAGGUAUCCGGACCUGUCAGCUGAAGGUCCAACACGGGUUCCAUUCGGCUCAGUUUGAUCCUAUCCUCGCCGAGUUUGUGAGGCGCGCCAGCUGCGUGCGCUUUUCUGCGCCAAAAAUCCCCGUGGCGUCCACUCUGCUGGGUACGACGGUGAGUGGGACGAGGCCCGAGCCAGCGGUGUUCAAUGCCCAAUAUCUCGCGCGGCAGACGAGAGAACCGGUUCAGUUCCUCCAGGCUGUGAAUUCCUGCUUGGAGGCGAGAAUAGCCGACCGUCGCACUGUAUGGCUGGAGACGGGGCCUGACCAGGUCUGUAUCAAUUUCAUCAACGACAUCCUGGGAUCGCAGACCCUGACCGUGCCGACUCUACGCCGACGUGACGACAAUUGGAAAACCGUUACCUCCGCCGUCUCGACACUGUACCAGAACCAUGCGCCCAUCCAGUGGAGGGAAUACCACAAGGACUACGUCCAGUGCCUCCGCGUGAUCCAUCUCCCCACCUACGCAUUCGACGUGGAGAGUUACUGGAGGACUUAUCGAGCUAAUCUGGGGGUUGUUGGUGCGGCGGCUCCAGUAGCGGUGCAGAGGAGCAAGCUAUCCUCGAGCCUCCAUCACGUCUCGCAGGAAUCCGUAACUCCAGACGGCGCAGUCGUGGAAUUCGUUUCCCACCUCGACGAUCCGGAGCUUAGCGCUGCAGUGCGCGGUCAUAUUCUCGAGAACGCGAGUCUGUGCCCGAGUAGCGUCUUCUGCAAUAUGGCCUUGACAGCGGCAAGCUACGUGCAAGGCAAAUUGACCCCUCGUAGCACAGACAACGAGUCUGCACCUCCUGCCAUGGAGCUGUGCGAUCUCACCAUGGAACAUCCCAUCAUUCUCCCCGAAGAUGCCAGUACGAAGACUGUAAUCCGGACCGUCGCCCGGGUGAGCCUUUCGGGCGUCGACAAGGGCAUGGUCGACGUGACGUUUAGCUGCCACUGUGGGCAGGACACCCCCAACGGCGGCGCGGACCACGAGACCGGCCACGCCCGAGUUCAUCUGAUUGAUGGGGAGCAAGACGUGGGAAAGUCUGGUCUUGCGAUGCAGUCCUUCUUUGUGGAGGCGCGGGCAGCGACGAUCCAGCACCACACCGGUAGUAUCCAUCUCCUGAAACCGGUGGUCUACAAGCUCUUCUCGGACCUAGUCCGAUAUUCCACCGCCUACCAAGCAAUCGACGAGCUCCGGUGGGACGAAGCAGCUGGAGAGGCAGUCGCUACAGUCACGUUCUCAGACCCUGAGGGAGCCGACAAGCUACGUCGAGACGGUGGGUACUCGCCCUAUUGGCUCGACUCGAUGAUCCACCUGGCCGGGUUCAUCCUCAACACGGACCUGAAGUUGGUCGGGAACCCGAAGACCGUGUACAUGUGCAAUGGCAUUGGCACGCUGCGGAUUAUGGAGAGUCUCGAGGCAAACAGGACGUAUCGAAGCUACGUGCGACGAAAUCCCGACGAUCCGAAGGGGACCUCGCUUAGUGACGUGUACCUCUUCCACGAGCAGAAGCUCGUCGCGGUAUGCUUGGGCCUUCGAUUCCAGCGGCUUCCGAGGACGGUCUUGCAGCAUCUGCUUCGCAAUUCUGAGCAAGAAUUGCAGGUCGGACGGACUCUUAGUAGUACUACUAGUACUACUACGACCGCUGUAACUACCCCUAUCUCAGAAGAGAACAAGGCAAUUUCAAGCCCACUCGCUUCGACAAACUGCGACAAGCAGCCGUCGAAGACAGACCCAGGGGUAUUGCUCGAUCACAUUGCUCGUCUGGUCAGCGAAGAGACGGGAGUCACUCGUGAUAACAUCGGACCGCAGACUGAAUUCGCGGCGAUUGGGGUAGAUUCCAUCCUCGGCAUAUCCAUCGUCGAGCGCUUCAAUGAGAUAACGAAACUCAACCUGGGGGCCUCCUUCCUGGCCGAGGCAGGAAACCUGGCGGGUGUCGAGAUCAUGUUCCGGAAAGGCAAUGAGACUGAUCUCGUGGAGGAGCACGCUGCAACGACCGGACCAGGUAUUGACGUUCGCAAACCGUCUGUCGGACUCGACAGUAAGAAGGAGGAGGAGGAGGAGGAGGAGGAGAAGGAGACGGAGCCCAGGUGCAAAGCCAUUCUUCUGCAGGGCGACCCCCAGAAGCAUCGAGAAGCCCUGUUUCUCAUCCCCUGCGGCCGAGGCGCGGUGGCUGCCUUCUACAAUCUUGCGCGCUUACCGGCGGGAGUUUCUGUCUACGGCUUCAAUUCUCCCUUUCUUACUUGCCCGCAGAAGUACUGCGCCAGCGUUCCCGAGCUGGCGGCCAUGUAUAUCACGGCCAUCCGAGCGAUCCAGCCCCACGGCCCCUAUAUGAUCGCCGGCUAUUCCGCCGGGGGACUGCAUGCCUACGAAAUUGCCUACCAGCUCAUCUCGCAAGGCGAGACCGUCCGCCGUCUCGUCAUUCUCGACAUGCAUGUCCCCGCGCCGCUGCCGAACGGACAGACGGAAUUCACCCCGGACCAGAUGCGCGCCCUCGUGCUCGCCAUGUCCCUCGUCGACAAGUCCUCGACCGAGUACACCUCGGGCCUCUUCCACCGGGGCACGGAGCACAACGCCAAAGUGAUGCAGGUCAUCUCCUCGUACCGCCCUAAGCCCAUGCCCGCCGACCGUCGUCCGCAGGAAUCGCUCCUGGUCUGGGCCACGGGGGCCGUUUGCGACCAGAUCUCAACCCCGGACGAGCGGCAGCGCGCGGCCGAUUUCGGUCUGUGCGCCGUGGUGGAGGGGACAAAUGUCAUGCGGGAUCCCUAUCGCCGCUGGGGGUGGUUCUUCUCCAAACGCUAUGACUUUGGGCCGAACCGGUGGGAUGAGCUGCUAGGACCGGAUGUGAAAUGCCAUACUGUGGAUGCCAAUCAUAACAACUUGCUGGCAUCUCCAGCGUUGGUAGUUAGCACCGCAACUAUCGCCAUCAUGAGUGAGGCUCUCUGUGGACCCUCGAACGCGCUUCAAAACUUCCAGAAACAUGCUUCGGUCGAUCGCACCCUGCAGCAGGAUAGGUUGACAUCCCGACAGUCGCCGUCUCAGGGGUUCCGGAAUCAGAAUGCCGCUACCGGAGUCCUCGACCCCGAAUUCGCCGCCUUCGAGGCCAACCUCGCGCCUGCACCGCUGCGCGAUAUCCAACACCCAGCUCACUUUGCCGCCCCCGCACCACAACAUUCCCUCUCCGGUCCUACACAAUCGUUGAACUGGGCCACCGACUUCCAACGACUGAACAUCGCGGGUCCGUCGCCCUUACACCACCAACAACAGAAUGUAUCGCACACGCCGCUCUCCUCCGUCUCCCAACCGAGCUGGCACAAUGAGUUCCUCCAGCACCAGCACCAACCCCACCCUCAAUACCAGCAACCCACCAUGCAACAGCAGCAGCAUCACCCACUCGCCCACGCCCAAGGCUUCCAGCCCUCCUUCACCCCGAUGUACCAGAUGCCCUCCUACACCACCACCCACCAAACCACAACCGCUCCCCAAGAAUCAACAGCCGUCGCAGCAGAAGCGACCUUUGACGAAUCCGCCUUCGAGGCCGCCUUCGCGCAGGCCAGCGCCGCCAUAGCAUCCCAGGACACUCAAACCACCACCACCACCACUACCCCACCCAUUGUCGAGCAAGAAAGUACCCACCCCCAAGAUACCCUAGAAGAGCCCACGGCGCACGAGCACAUCCGAAUCGGCUCCGACACCAUCCCGCCCGCCGAGAAGAGCGACGACCCGCAGACCCAAGCGCACGACGCCGACGCGCUCGCGCGGACGGCCGGCCAGCUCGUCGACAGCCUCAAGCACGACACCAGCCAGAAGUUCCGGGAGAGUAACUUCCUCGCGCUCAUGCGGCGCAUCCGGGAUCGUGAGGUGCAUAUCAAGGAUGAUGAAUUUCAAGAAGUCAGUAGUACCAGUCCAUGAACUUUUUCUCUUCUUCUCUGUAGUCAUCAUGAUAGGGGGUUUCUCUUUGGGGUUUUGUGGGGGGACGCAGAACGAAGGGAAGAAUCGGUUGGC